AUGUUGCUCCGCCCGAGUUCUCGGAUCGUUCCUGGUCUCCUUUCAAGGCAUGAUCUGAGGUUUAGAGCUUAUGGUUCUCGGCCUUAUUCCUCUUCAAAGUCUGACGAGGUGGACAUCGACGCUAUUCUGUCGAAACCUAGCUGGUCUGUCAAGUCGCUACUCCCCAGCGAAUCCUCCAUAGAGUCCACCACGGUCACUCCAAAACAGCUACAUCAUCUUCUACGUCUAUCGGCUCUACCGCAACCCGCCAGCAAAGAAGAAGAGGAUGCGAUGCUCAGAACUCUCAAGUCCCAGAUCCACUUCGUAAAGGAAAUCCAGAGCGUCGAUGCGACCGGGGUCGAGCCCCUCCAAGCCAUUCGAGAUGAGACCCCGGAGGCGAUCCAGGAGAACACGAUCGGACUCGAACAAUUGAAGGAGGCCAUGUCCAAAGAACGAGUGGUAGGACGAAACAGGAGAAUACAUCGCAUUGAGAGCGCCAGAAAUGACCGUCCGGACGGAGAUGCUUGGGAUGGGAAUGCACUAGGCUACGCGUCCAAGACUAAGGGGAAGUUCUUUGUCGUUGAGACGGGCAAUGAGUCUGGCAAUUGA